UUCAAGCCCAAACUCAAUUCAUUUUAUUCUAUAUAUAAUCAAAGCAUAUCAUCAUUUCACUUCUACACAAUUAAAUCAUUUUCAAUAAUUAAUUGAAACCCUAAAAUCCCAAGAAGAUUAAACUCAUCAUCUCCCUUUCAAAAAUUGCAGCCGCUCCACAGUUUUGGCCUGGAAAAAACCGCAGCACCGACAUAAAUUAAGUCUGGGUUUUCCUCCAUCACAAGGAUGCGAUUCCGCUGAUUGCGGCUGUAAUAGCCGACUCAGCAGUGACCGAUUUAGGUCGCAACAGUUCAGAUCUACACUCUGCACUGCCAUUGUGGUGCGAUUGACAACAUACACGUUAUUAUUUGUUGUAUUUCAAAAUUUGCCAUGUCAAAUGCCCCUAGAAGAGUUGGGCCAGAUUUCUUUGGUUAUUAUUCAUCUGAAGUAGUAAAUCUAUUGUCCCGAGAUGAGAAUGUUUUGCCUGUCACUACCCAAUUAUCUGAGCUACCACAGAAUAAAUGUGGCGGGGGAGGAAAGAACCUUGUUAAUCGCAGUUAUACUCUUUCUGGUCCUUUAUAUAACAAUGGUGUUGGAGAUGGGCUCUCGGAUUUUGAAAAGGACAGAUUAAAGUCACUGCUCAGACAGAGUGCAUUUACUCUUUCAUCAGAAGUUGAUGAGGUGGUGGACCCUGUUUUCACUAUGUACCAUUUGCAAUCUGGGCUAAGAAGUAAAACACAUUCCUUGAAUCUUGCAACAAUCAGAUCUGAUGAUGCACCGCAAAUUCCUUCUAAAAAGCAAAAGGUGACCUCACCCUCAUCUUCAGCUAGGCCUGAUCUUGCACAAAAUGGCGAUGUCAAUUCCCAAAGCAGUAUGAAGAUGAGGAAUGAUCUUCAGUUCCUGUUGGAGAAUGAUAGUGUGGAGGUUGAUGAGAUGGUGAAGAAAUAUUCGGAUGAACUCUCUGAAACACUAGGGUAUAUGGAACAAAAACUUGAGUUACUUCUUGACGCGGUUAUGUCAAAGUGCAGGCCAAUGGCCCUUGUUGAAAAACAGCAGCUACAGAGAUUAAUUCAGAGGCUACCUGCAGAAAAUCUUGACCGCGUGGUGGAGAUAAUUUGUCGAAGUAGGCCAGAAGAAGAACAAAGUUGUGACAAAAUAUUUGUUGAUUUGGAAAAAGAGGAUAAUGCUACAUUGUGGAGACUUUAUUACUAUGUUGAAGCUGUUGAGAAAGCCAAAAGUCUUUCUUGUAGUAAAGAGAUAAAUUGAUGACCCAUACCUGUUGCGAUAGCUGUGAUAAUACCAGUAUCUACACUACACGGUCGGCAAAGAUUACGUCACCACAGAAGUGUAAAUUUUGAGAAAUUAUUCACCAUGUAUAUCUCCUUAGAUUGUUACAGGAUCUACAUUUUAAAUCAUCUUUGUAUCUUGACAGUAAAACUUCAGUAAUUUUUUUAGAAAGUUCA